AUGGCUAGAAGAAAGGUGAGACUGCACUACAUAGCCAAUACAAGUUCCCGAAAAAACACAUUUAGGAAAAGGAAGAAUGGCCUUCUGAAGAAGAUGAAAGAGAUCACCACUCUUUGUGACAUUAAGGCUGCGGCGAUCAUCUACAGUCCCUUUGAAGCCGAGCCUGAGGUCUUCCCAAAUCAUCCGGAAGCCCACGAAAUGCUGACGAGGUUUCGAAAUAUGCCGGAGAUGGACAAGACAAGAAGGAUGAUGGACCAGGAGAUCUUUUUACGACAACGAAUAGACAAAACCCGAGAGCAGAUCAGAAAGCAGAAAAGAGACAAUCGGGAGAAGCAGAUUACUCAAGUUAUGUUCGACUACUUAAAGGGGAAAACCAUCUCUAACCUUGAAAAGAAGGAUCUGUAUGACCUCACUUUUAUAAUCGAACAGAACAUCAGGGAGUUAGAUAUCAAAGAGCAGGCUACCGAAGAGCACAAGCAGGAGGAGAACCAGCUUAACCAGAUGCUAGGUGCACCGGCUGCUGUGGAGCUUGACUUGACGAGGAAUGCAUUUGGAGAGGGAACAAGCAGAGGCGUGGAGCAGCAGCAGCACCCGAACACGAUGGAUGCACAGAGUAUGGAGCAGAUGCAUUACCAAAUGAUGCAGGUUGCGGCGCAGAGGCAGCCUCAACAGGUGCUCCAACAGCAACCCUGGUUCAUGGACAUCAUGAAUCCACCAUCGCCGCAAACAAUGGACUUCCUGCAGCCGCUACCAUCGCUUCCACCAGGAGCGUUCGGAGACAACUGCAGCAGCAAUGCUACAUGGCCAAAUAAUUCGUCAUUCCGUUUCCCUUGA